AUGGACUUGGAGGCUAAAGAUGAGGAGGAAGAGAGUCUGCAAACAGCUUUCAAAAAGCUGAGAGUGGAUGGAGCAGGAUGUAUUGCAGCUCUGUCUGUGGGUGACGGGACGAUUCUCAGAACACCGACAAGAGCAGCCAUGGAUGGAGCGAAGCAACAGCCCGUCUGCUCAAAGGAAGCGUGGCAUGGGUGUGUGAGAAAACCUUCCAGAGGAUCAGCAAGAGUCCCACGUCGCAGACGCUCCAAGUCUCCCGUCCUGCAUCCUCCCAAGUUUACAUAUUGCAAUAUGAAAGCCAACAACCAGCUGAAACACAAAACCCAGGCAGACACGUCAAAGGGUAAUAUCAGUUCAGACAUUUUUGUUACAGCAGAACACGGUACGAAGGACAGGCAUGAUUCUCACUUUGAAGCCAGUGAUGACAGAACUGAACCUUUGGAAACCUUCACCGCUGAAGAGCCUUUGGAGAAGUCAAGAGAGAAUUACCCUGCUCUCUCCUCAUCCUUUGAGAGUAGCUUGCAUUCUAGCCAAACCUCAGAUUUCCAGUCCUUAUCCAUGCUCAGCAACAGCAAGCAGUGCCCUUGUACGGACAAGAAAUGCCAGUGCAAAGAGUGGCGAACCAUGGAAGUGUACUCUUUCUCAGGCUUACGGAGCGUCCUGUCAGAAUGCGAAAAGGCAGUCCUAGGAGUCCAUGCCCAGUCUCUUCAGAAUAGAUCCCCUUGCGGGACAGCCUCAUCAGGUUCUCCCAGAUCUUGUUCUGAGCAAGCUCGAGCCUUUGUGGAUGACGUGACUAUUGAAGAUCUUUCGGGAUACAUGGAAUACUACUUAUAUAUUCCCAAGAAAAUGUCUCACAUGGCAGAAAUGAUGUAUACUUGA